CCAAGGGGGCGGAGUCGGAAGCGCAACAGAGUCGGUCCGUCUUCUCUGCGGCUCCGCGGCUUCUCUCUCCUCCUCUCGGUUCUCGGUUUCUCGGGGAGCCGCUUCUUGUUCCUCCGGCGGCAGCAAAGCAGCGGGUCUUCGGGCUCACGCACGCACGGACUCGGCGGCAGCGCGGAGGGGACAGGCUCGGCUCGGCUCCUCCUCCCCCCGCUGCGUUGGAAAAAUCCGGACGGAGGCCCGAAGUGUGCGCUGCGCCUCCGCAGGCCUCCGGCACGGACUCCCGCUUUUCUCCCGGAAAAUGGACGGAUUCACCGGCAGUUUAGACGACAGUAUGUCUGGAGCGAGUGUCUCUGACGUCAACGAUCGUCUCUCUGCUCUGGAGCUUCGUGUCCAGCAGCAGGAGGACGAGUUGACCGUGAUGAAAGCGGCGCUCGCUGACGUCCUCCGCCGUCUCGCUGCCUCAGAAGAUGCCGCCGCUGCCUCAGUGACCAAAAAACAUGGAGGAAAAGGUGGCGCUGCACUGCGUGAAGCCUACUCAAUGUCCUGCAUCACUAAUGGAGGAACAUCUGGACGCAAGCGGGACUCUACUUCUGUGACCAGGAAGGAGACGGUGUCGUCCGCCGCCAAGAGUGGAGGGGACAAGAAAAAAGAUGCACGCUCUCAGAUGGAGGAGAUCCAGGAGGGGGAGGAGUCUCCUAUACCAAAGGACCUGUCCCCAUCUCCUUCCUCACCCCACCCACCCCUGACCCCUCACACCCCUCAGCCACACAGACCGACCCAGUCCGGUGACUCCAGUAAAGGCCACACCCCAAUAAAAAGAGGAGCCAGUGUGAAGCGCUCCUCCUCCUCAGGUCUGGAACGUUCUUACAGCUCCUGGGAAACUUCAGAGGAAAACCGGAACAGACUGGUAAAGGCUGCGUCCACGUCAAAGCUGCUUGCCAAAGUGGUCAGGACAGCCGAGAGACACAAAGACCCGGUGGUCAGUCAAGCAAAAAUGUCCACGAGAGAGAAAAACAGUCAAGCUGAGGGAAACCACAUCAAGAUGUUCAUCCGAGGUCGACCGGUCACGAUGUUCAUCCCGUCAGACGUCGACAACUACGACGACGUUCGCACCGAGCUUCCUUCAGAGCGGCUCAAACUGGAGUGGGUGUACGGUUACCGCGGCAGAGACUGCAGAGCAAACAUUUACCUGCUGCCGACUGGAGAGAUCGUUUACUUCAUCGCUUCUGUCGUCGUUCUGUUCAACUACGAGGAGCGGACACAGAGACAUUACCUCGGACACACGGACUGUGUCAAGUGCUUGGCCGUCCAUCCCGAUAAAAUCCGCAUCGCAACAGGACAGAUCGCGGGAGUGGACAAGGACGGACGACCGCUGCAGCCUCACGUCCGUAUCUGGGACAGUGUCAGUCUGUCCACACUGCAGGUCGUGGGUUUGGGGACGUUUGAGCGCGGCGUGGGCUCGUUAGCGUUCUCUAAAGCUGACUCGGGUCAGCACCUCAGUGUGAUCGAUGACUGUAACGAUCACAUGUUGACCGUCUGGGAAUGGCAUAAAAAGUCUAAAAUCGCUGAAAUCAAGACAACUAACGAGGUGGUUCUGGAUGUCGAGUUCCACCCGACCGACCCCCACACCAUCGUCACCUGUGGAAAGUCCCAUAUCUUCUUCUGGACCUGGACCGGAACCUCACUGACUCGAAAACAGGGAAUCUUUGGAAAAUAUGAGAAGCCGAAGUUCAUCCAGUGUCUGUCCUUCCUGAGCUCAGGAGACAUCCUGACCGGAGACUCUGGAGGAAUCCUGCUUGUCUGGACCAGGAACUCUGCUGACACUCAGACUGGAAAGGGGCCCAGAGCGUUUCAGAUCAGCCGGCAGGUCAAAGGUCAUGAAGGCAGCAUUUACUGUAUGUGUGAGAUGAGGAGCGGCACUCUGCUGACCGGAGGAGGAAAAGACCGCAAGAUCAUCCUGUGGGACCACGAGCUGCGAGCGGAGCGAGACAUCGAGGUCCCAGAUCAGUAUGGAGCCAUCAGGGCGGUGUCAGAGGGAAAGGGGGAGGAGUUUCUGGUUGGUACGUCUCGUAACUUCGUCCUGAGAGGAACGUUCAACGACGGCUUCCUGGUGGAAGUCCAGGGACACACAGAUGAACUGUGGGGUUUGGCGUCUCAUCCGUCCAGAGCGAUGUUUCUCACCUGUGCUCAGGAUCGACACGUGUGUCUCUGGAACUCCAGCGACCACAGUCUGCAGUGGAGCCGCACUCUGGAGGAACAUGGACACUGUGCAGACUUCCAUCCCAGUGGAGCAGUGGUUGCCAUAGGAACACACUCUGGAAAGUGGUACAUCCUGGACGCAGAGACCACGGACCUGGUUGGGAUUCACACUGACGGAAACGAGCAGCUGUCAGUGAUGCGUUUCUCUGUGGAUGGAAGUCUGUUGGCUGUUGGGUCACAUGACAACUUCAUUUACCUGUACACCGUGUCAGAGCGAGGACGCAAGUACAGUCGCUACGGGAAGUGCACGGGACAUUCCAGUUACAUCACACAUCUGGACUGGUCACCUGACAACAACCUGAUCAUGUCCAACUCUGGAGACUAUGAGAUCCUCUACUGGGACGUUCCAAACAGCUGUAAACUGAUCAGAAAUCGCUCAGAGUGUAAAGACAUCGACUGGGCGACGUACACCUGUGUGCUGGGAUAUCACGUGUUUGGGGUGUGGCCUGAAGGGUCAGACGGUACCGACAUCAACGCCCUGAUCAGAUCUCACAACAGGAAGGUGAUCGCACUCGCUGACGACUUCUGUAAAGUUCAUCUGUUUGCUUACCCGUGUUCGACUGCCAAGGCUCCCAGUUAUAAAUACAGCGCUCACAGCAGUCAUGUGACCAAUGUCAGCUUCCUGUACAACGACAGUCACCUGAUCAGCACAGGGGGGAAGGACACCAGCAUCAUGCAGUGGCGUUUGGUCGAGAAGUCCUCGAUCUGUCACGAUGGCCAUCUCUCUAACUCCACCUCUCGCCGGGCGGACCCCAUCUUUGCCACACCCCCUCCCGCUCCUCCUCCCACUCCUGCCACACAACAACCAGAUCCUCCCCCGACCGCCAACGGGACCCAAGAAACCUCACCAGAAACUCCGCCCCCUGCGGAGCUAGCCCCACCUGCCUCAGAGUUAACCCCGCCCCACUCUGAGUGCACUCCAGCCCUGUCAGACAGCACAAUCAGUUUGAAAGACAGUCUGGAGCCCAGCGACGACACGGCCACGCCCAGUGACGAGGGGCUGCCCCCCUUCACCCCCCCCUCAUAGACGGAGCAUGUGUGUGUGUGAGUUCUGGUACAGCUGUCUUUGUGAGGACCAGUCCGAGCUGUACAUGAGUAAAACCUUCAGUCCUCUCGUCAAACCCACAGUCUGCUUCAGGGUCAGUUCAGUUCUUACAUGAAGCCACAGACUCGGGUCCUAACCAGGUCCUGGUUUGGUCCACGACGACUCAUGGACCAGGUCCUGACCGGGUCCACAGCGAGUCACAGAUUAGACCUGAUUCCUAACAGUUAAUCUGACCUUCAUUCAGAACCUCAUAGAGAAAAUGUCGAUUUUUAAUGUUUCCUUCAGUGUCACUGUGAAGCGGUGGUGGUUAUCUGCGUAACCUCGGUUCCCUGAAAACAGGAAGUGGGCACAGUGAAUUCAGCUGCUGCGAUGAGACACUUUGACAUCACUUCAUGUGGUUAUCUGUGGUCUCAGUGUAACGUUAGUGUUAUGGGGUGGGGUGUCCUCACAAGUAUAGUGUGUAUGUGUGUGUGUGUGUGUCAGUCACACAGUUUAUCUCAUCAAUCAAAACGUGUUUGAAUGUCAGUUUGAAAGACCUGGAGGCGGGACUUAACCUGACAGACACCCGUCAUGCCUUCACAAUAAAACCUCAUGUCUUCUGUGUGCGUCAGGUGAGACAGGUGUCUCCUGGGUAACGCUGUUUUCACCAGCAGAGCAGGUGAACAGGAAGUGAGGUCAGAGGAAA